AUGUUGUUUGCUUCUCUUGCGGUCCUGGCUCUUCAGACCGGGUACGGGCAAGCGGUGCCUGUUGCGCGAAGGGGUGCCCCCUUGGUUGAUGCUUCAUUCGACUAUGUGGUCGUCGGCGGCGGUACUGGUGGGAAUGUCGUGGCAACGCGCCUGGCGCAACAGUCAUUCAAAGUUGCAUUAGUAGAAGCUGGCGGUUAUUAUGAAAUUCAAUCCCUGGCAGAAGUCCCGGCUGCGGAUGUGCUGCCGGUUGGAUCUGAUCCCAGUACUAGUUCUGCUGUGGAUUGGGGAUUUGUAACAAGCGGACAGCCUGGAGCAAAUGGAAGAUCGAUACAUUACGCGCGAGGGAAAUGUCUAGGCGGAUCCCCGACGAUUGAAUCGAUGGAACAAUGGGCGACCGCCGUUAAUGACAGCAGCUACAAAUUCGAUGCGGUCCUCCCUUACUAUAAGAAAAGCGCCACAUUUACUGAACCAAACAUGAACUUACGGGCGAAGAAUGCCACACCCGAGUACAAAACCGAGGCAUUUGAUUCCAAUGGAGGUCCUCUCCAAGUGUCCUACGCCAAUUACGCACAGCCAUUCUCCUCCUGGAUGGAACUCGGAAUGAACGCCAUUGGCAUCAAUGAAACACAGGAUUUCAACCUGGGCUCAUUAAUGGGAGCGCAGUACUGCACCUCGACCAUCGAUCCAAGCACAGAGCUCCGCAGUAGCUCCGAAGCUUCCUUUCUCUCCACGCUCCAUCCCUCGACGUUGACAACCUAUACCGAUACCCUCGCGAAGAAGGUUGUUUUCAACUCAAACCGAACGGCCACUGGAGUUCUAGUCAAAGGAGCACUUGGAUUAGAUGUCACACUUUCAGCAUCGAAAGAGGUCAUCGUCUCCGCCGGUGUUUUCCAAUCCCCGCAACUCCUCAUGGUCUCCGGUGUCGGACCUUCUGCUAUCUUGCAAGAGCAUGGAAUUAUGGUCAUCGCGGAUCGGCCCGGCGUUGGACAAAACAUGUGGGAUCAUCCGUUCAUGGCGCCAUCAUACCGGGUGCAGGUCCCAACUUUGACAAAAUUCGCAACAAACCUGGUCUACGCAGCGGGACAACUCCUUGAUGGCGUAAUUGCGAAGAACGGACAGCUGACGAACCCCAUUGCGGAAUAUCUGGCCUGGGAGAAGAUCCCCAACCGUCUCCGCUCUGCUUGGUCGCAAAGUACACAGAAGGCGUUGAGUAAAUUCCCAAGCGAUUGGCCAGAAGCUGAGUACAUUUCCGGCGCGGGCUAUAUUGGAAACGUUUCGAACCUCCUCGAGAAUCAGCCAAAGGACGGAUACGAGUAUGCUUCAAUGUUAGGCGUCUUGAUUGCGCCCUCGUCCAGGGGAAAUGUCACGCUCAAAUCCGAUGAUACGUCUGACUUGCCAAUAAUCAACCCCAAUUGGCUGGGUGACACCGCCGAUCAGGAUGUCGCUAUUGCCAUGUUCAAGAGGAUGCGAGAGGCUUUCCAAAGCAAGGCGAUGGCACCGGUGAUUAUUGGCGAUGAGUAUUUCCCCGGCACUCAAGUGCAAUCCGAUGCGGAGAUCUUAGAGUUUGUCAAGAACAAUAUCAUGACCUUGUGGCAUGCCGCUUGUACUUGCAAGAUGGGUACCUCUGAGGAUGAGUUGGCGGUUGUUGACUCGCAGGCACGAGUGUUUGGGGUGAAUGGGCUUCGAGUGGUUGAUGCUAGCGCUUUCCCUUUCCUCCCGCCAGGUCAUCCUCAAUCUACUGUUUAUAUGCUUGCAGAGAAGAUUUCUGAUGCGAUUAUCAAAGGGCAGUAG